AUGAUACAGCACACGAAAUCUAACAGGUUUGAUGAUCAAGGAAUUUCCAAGCAAAGCAAAUCACUAACUUAUAUCGUUCUGGAGCAUGAAGAGCACGAAAACAGCCAUUUGCCUAUAAGCCCCAAUCUCUUAACAUUUCGUGACAAAGAGCUCAACAGCAAAUAUUUAAAAACUAUCUACUGCCAUAGCGAUGAUAGCCUUUUAGUGUCUCCAGACUUCAAAAAUACUCUUCUAUUCUUCUACUUAUUCUAUACCUUGUAUCUGGUCGUAAUCCUUACAUUUUCCUUGCUCCUGCAUUCUGAUGGAAAAUACUCUGAUCAGCAAUUAUUCUACCAUAUCAGCUGCUGUGCGUGCCUUCUAACUUUUGCCUACAUGCUUUUGCUGUCCACCUUGAAAAGUCAUUGAAUUCUUAUGAGAAAUCGGCAUUAUUAUUUUGUGCUAGGUAUUGUCACUAUUAUCUAUCUGAUAAUUGGUGACGACCGGGUCUUGAGUGAAAUUCUGGAUACAGACUAUAAGGAGUCAAGGUUUCCUACAAUUGCAAUUAUUUCUUGCUUUAUAGUUAUGAUGAGGAAUUUAUUAGCAGAAUGCUUUUAUUACAUUACGCUCCUCAGUAUACUUUCGCUGAUUUUAUUCCUGUCCCUAAAUCUAGGCUAUUCUUCUUUAUCCGUUUAUUCGACACUGUUCGAGUUUUCGAUUUUAUUUGUUUUUCUCGUUUUGCAAAUAUUUGAAUCACAGCAAACGGAUUUCCGAACUCGGCAACUUUUUUGGAGGAAAACCAGAGAAGAAAAAGCAUUUGAAAAAAAGGAAAACGAGCAAGAAAGCAACAGUAAAGUUAAAAUAAAAACCGAAAUUGAAGUACUUGUUCAUAUUUGUGAUGAUAUCAAGCAGGACAUUAAGUAUGCGCAUUCAGUGAUCAUGUUUAAUGACGUAAAAGAAAGGCUGAAAAGGGCUCAGUAUGCACUGGAAAGAGUUAAGAAAAGAAUUGGCCAUGGAUCAUUUUUAAUGGAGGUGAAAAUUGAGGCGGACUCAAACAUAGAUGAACAGGAUAAAGCGUUUAUCAAAGAAAAUUUUAUGGAAGUGACUCAUGAAAGCACGACUGUAAUAAACCGAGGUGCAAGAAGAACAACUAUGUCAGAUAUUGACGAAAAAGAGCCUCCAUUCCCAUUUAGCAAUUAUGGAGUUGCUGAGCUUGAAGGCGUGCUAUAUUCAGUUGGAAAAAAUUGGAAUUUUGACGUGUGGUUUAUAUAUGAUGCAACAGGGCAUAGUAUCCACAUAGUCGCUAAACUUCCCCCCUGUGAACGAACAAAAUCAUUUAAAAAAUCCUUAUUUUUUUGGGUAAAAAACCCAUUCUCUGUAAGCAAAAAAAAAAUUUAAUAUAAUAAUGAAAUCUCUUUUUAAUUUUAUAUACAAAUUAAAUUAGUAUUUGCUUUCCAAUUUUUGCGAUUUGGAGUUUUUUAAAAUUUUUAAAACAAAAUUUACUAUAAAAUUAAAAUAUAAAAAAAAAAGUAAUCGUGAGUAAACACAAAUUUUUUUUUGUUCACUCAUGGAGGAGGGAGUAAGUAUUUAUUACAGAAAUGAGGGUUAGGGGAAUCCUAUAGCAUUAGUGAAGAGACUUCAGAUAAAUUUUUCCAAACAGUGGAAAAAGUAAUGUUUAUUUAGACUUAUCAAAAUAACCCUUACCACAAUGCAUGUCAUGGAGCUGACGUCCUGCACACUUUAUUGUAUUUUUAUUUCCAAAGUGAUUUUUUAAAAAAUCUAAAUACAAUUGAUACUCUGGCAUCAAUCGUUGCUGCAACAGGUCACGAUGUGGGCCACCCAGGUGUAACGAACAGAUUCCUAGUGAACAGCCAGAAAUGAAAAUGGGAAAUCGGACUUCAAGGGGAACUCCUAUGGAGCAGGUAGGACUAAUUCUGAUGAUCACGUCAUAUUUAGAGUAGGCCUUCAGUUUUGAAGAAGAUUUGCCGAAAAGGGAAAUUCUAUUUCUCUCCAAAAAGUUUUUCUGCCCUGCUAAACAGGUAUAUAUACAUUAAAAUGGCGACAUAUGCAACUUGCCUCUUGGUUAAACAGUCCAGACCUUACUGCCACGGCGAAUUGGAACGGACUCCGAGUCAAGAAAUAACAUUCAGGCUCAAGAAAUGUGUAUCCAGAUAGGUUUUGGCUGCUUUCCUGUAGUUGGGAAAUGGAGAUGAUUAGCAAAAGUCCUUUUUACUGAUGACCCAUGGAUAUUCCUCAUCCGAGAAACUGAGGGGAGAAUUCUUUUUUCUGUAGCUGCCGAAGGAAGGCACUUCAGCAUCCUGCAGACUUCAAGAAGUUGAUCCUUGGAUUUAAGCUACUCCAAUCUCCCGUAGCAGCAAAAUCCAUAAACCACCCACUCAAGACUGAAGCUGCAAGGCAUAGAUGAGACAGAAGGUACUGGAAGUGGCACCCAUUAUUGGGGGAUAGACCCUCUGGAGUCAAAAUAUGGGUAGAACCCCCGGAUGGGAGGUCUUUGGUGACUGCGUCACCAACAUGGCUAACGCCCGUCUUUAAUAACCUAACCUAACUCUGCCAGACGGGCUAUACCACAUGGUCUAUUCUCAUAGGGCAAUUGGGGUAUCUCGAAGAUAGUGGCUCUACCUUACGGAGUUAAUCACAUUGGCAACUGAUUCAGGUCGGAAACCCGCUAAGGCAGCCUUUUGUGCCAAGAUGAGUGGCAGCUAUUAGAUUUACCCACCUACGAGCAUAAAUUUUAACCUAAUUUAGUGAACAACCGCCAUGAAAUAGCUUUGAAAUACAAUGAUAACUCAGUUUUAGAAAACAUGCAUUGUUCUGAAAUUUAUAGUAUUAUGGGGAAGCACGGCUGCAAUAUUUUCGAACAUCUGAGCUCAGAUGACUGGAUAAAGGCGAGAAAGCUUAUAAUUGAGAUGGUCUUAGAGACUGACAUGUCUAGACACUUCGAAAUUUUGGGGAGAUUCAGGACAAGAUGUUUAAAUUUCUCUGAUUUAAAUAUGGAAGUCCAAGAUGACAAAGUUUUGGUGCUAUCCAUGGGAUUAAAAUGUGCUGACAUCGGACAUAGCGCAAAAAUUCCAAUUUUACACGAAAAAUGGACAAGGCUUGUUUGUGAAGAAUUUUUUAAGCAGGGAGACGUGGAGAGAUCUCGAAAUCAGCCGAUUUCGAUGUACUGCGAUAGAGAGAAUGCUGAUAUAGUCUGAGCCUCCUUUUGGCUUGGGCGAUACGGUGUCUCCCGAUGUUGGAAAGGAAGUUAAAUUUACCAAUUUGCUGAUAAAACCAACUCACCAUAUGGAAAAUCCCCGAUAUAGAGCAGAUUUGUCAUCUGGGGAGUUGGCUCUACUAAAAAAUGUUGGCAAGCCAACUCCCCAUCCAACGUCGGUAUAACCCGAGCCAAAAGGAGGCUCAGCCUAUAUACCCAAAAGCCAGGCUGGGUUUAUAAAGAAUAUUUGCAUUCCGCUGUUUGAAGUAUGAUGCCAAUUUCUUAAAUCAGAACUUAUAAAUAAAACAGUGCUAGAUCAAUUAACUCAAAACCAGGCGAUGUGGGAAGAAAAAAGCAAAACGAAGCAUUCUUCUGUAGUCGGAGUUGGAGGACUGGUAGUGCAAUCUCUUACGAAAGAUUUCUCUGAAGUUAUAAGUCUUGGGAAAGUAAUGAAAUCUGCUGAUGAUGUAGGAGCGAGGCCAGCAGUUUAA